AUGGCGGUGGCUGUGUGUGUAGCUGGUCUGCAGGCUGUCCUGUCUCUGCUGCUGCUUGGUAUGAGCGAGGCAUCCUCCAUAGUGAACAUGCGUAGAGUCACCCACCCUACCAUACGAGAGCCCCUGGCUGGCAUCGCCCACCUCCCCUGUGUCUUCACCCUCCAGCCCAGUGAGCUCAGCCCUUCCAGCCAGCCUCCCCACAUCCAGUGGACCCGAACCUGGAUAKCGCAGGGUGGAGAGGGGGCUCCACUGGAGCAGAUGGUUCUCUCAGCGAAGGGUGAUAUGGUGAAGGUGAAUAAGGCUUUCGCUGGCCAGGUCAGGUUGCUUGGAUACGCUGCUAACAACCUAAAUGCUACCAUGGAGAUCUCAGGCCUCCGUAGCAACGACACAGGCACCUACCAGUGCCAGAUUGUGGUUGUAGAUGACUACGAGCGAGACAUAGUGCCCCUUGUGGUCACAGGUGUGGUAUUCCAUUACUGGUCUCCUAGCGACCGUUACGCCCUCUCAUUUGAUGACGCUAAGUGGGCCUGUCAGGAGAACUCCGCCCUCAUCGCCACGCCCAACCAGCUGUGGGCAGCGUUCCAUGACGGUUACUCCAACUGUGCUGCCGGAUGGCUCUCUGACCAGACUGUCCGCUAUCCUAUCCAGUCACCAGAGCUUGGUUGCUAUGGACACCAGGAAUACUCAUCUGGUGUGAGGAAUUAUGGGAAAAGAGACGCUAAUGAGCUGUUCGAUGUCUACUGUUUCAGCAGGGAACUGGAGGGUGAGGUAUUUCAUUCCUGGGUCCCAGGGCGUCUGUCUUUGUCCUCUGCCUCAGAACGCUGCGUCUCCCUGGGGGGACAGUUAGCCACGGUGGGACAGCUCUACCUGGCCUGGAGGACAGGACUAGACGUCUGUGCUCCAGGCUGGCUCUCUGACGGCAGUGUCCGCUACCCUAUCACCCAGCCCAGGCAGGGCUGUGGAGGGGACCAGCCAGGGGUCCGGACCGUUGUACCCAACACCAAUGGAACCACAACCAGCAGCGGAUCAGCCAAUGCUACAGAUGCCAUACCACUCUAUGACGCCUAUUGCUACAGAGGGAACGUGAAGAAGCCAGGCCCCAUCUCUAGGAUCUACACGUCUUUGUGGAAGCCUUGGAGCCAGCUGACCGACUCCAGCCACUCAGACAACCUGGGAACAGACAGUCCUGCCCUGGCUACUGAGACCACCAGCAGCACACCAACCACCGUCACAGAGAGCCGUAACCUUUCACCAUCUGAUGACCUCACACCCUCAAACUGGACCGGAUUGGUUGAUCUGGAGGYAGAGGCCCACUCUUCCACAGAUCCCUGGUCCUCCGAGUCCUCUGAGGGGUAUGUCACCCUGCAGCUGAGCCCAGGAGAGAGCUCUCUAGCCUGGGGAGACCUGGGAGACAUGMACCCUGACUCUGGAGCUUUCCUCAGACCUCCAGCCACACCCAGCCCCAGUCCAAGUACUACCACUCAGGAAGACCUAUCACCAUCGACCCCAGCUGACAGAAAGGUGAUGGCCAAGAUAGUGAAGUCCAUGUGGAAGCCGUGGAACUACCUGGCAGAAGGUACCCCAGGAACAGGCAGUCCAGAGGGGGAGAGAAAGGGAAGUGCAGCAGGAACUCUGACAGACAGUGUGGCUGUACCCACCGGCUCUCCUGCUCCAGGUUUAUCCUCAUGGGGUGGUGGGUGGUGGGAUGGCUCAGGACUGGGGGACCUAGAUGAUACACCACCCACUGGUGAGCCGUCGUCCUCCCCUGGUGAGCCGUCGUCCUCCGCGGGUGAGCCGUCGUCCUACCCUGGUGAGCCGUCAUCUCCCCUGGUGUGCCGUCGUCCUCCCUGGUGAGCCGUCGUCCUCCUGGUGUG